ACGGUGAGGUAGCACGUGACAACACACGGUGGUUUGAAGCAUUCCUCGUCGUCAUGCAUUUUCCUUGUAAUUUCUCUUGAAACGUUUGGAACACGUCCACUACUUAAACCUGCCCUUUCUCUCACUCUGUCCACUUGGGUCAACUUAAUUUGCUUACUUCUCACACUCAUUCCAUUGUUAUUUCUUUCUUCUUUUCAAUUCCACCACUCUUUCCUCUUCUCUACACAAGUUCUGAGGCUUUUUCCUUGAUGGGUUUUCCCGUUUGAGAUGGGUUGGUGAGUGCUAUUUUGGGUUUGCUUCAAAAAUGGCUUCUUUUCUGAGAAAACUGAGGCCUUCUGGGCCUCCUGUUGUUGUUGAAACCCAAGAUAGCAUAAGCAACUAUGAGUACUCCCUUGCUGUGCUCUAUACUGGCCCUCCUCUCAGUUUCUCCAUUCCUGAAAUUCCUGCUUUCAAAAUUGACCAAAUCCCAGUUGCAACCAUUGCUCCUUCUCUCUCUCAUGAUGAUUUCUCUAUCCCAGUUAUUCAACCUCUUGGCAAAGUACCUCACAAAAAGAAGCAGCAGAAACUGUCCACUAAAGAUUCUGUUGUUGUGCCUUCAAAUUUCGACACUCAUGCAAUUACAUCAUCAUCACCAGACGGUGCCGGUUAUGUUGAUGUUGUUGUGCACAAGAGUCCAAGUCCAUGCACUUUGAUACCACCUGGAGUUGUUGAUGAUGAUAGAGAUGGCACCUUUCCCACAGCUUCUGACACCACAGAAUCAGGUUCAAGCUCUCUUUCUGGUUCUUCUGAUGAGAUUUGUUCUUUUAGAGAAGAUGAGCAUGGGGGUGAAAAGGCUCCUAGUCCAAAACAUGUUAAGCGUGUUUCUGCUGUGACCUUUUGUGAUCCUGAGUCAAACUACAUGGUAGAGUCAGAUAGUGAGUGGUCAUCUGAUUCUCAAGUUGGAAGUUUUCCUGCGAAACCACGUGCUGUGAGAGCUGGGAACAAAGGUUCUUGCUAUAAGUGCCUUAAGGGGAAUCGUCUCACACAAAAGGAGGUUUGCAUUGUUUGCAGUGCAAAGUAUUGCCGAAGCUGUGUGAUAAGGGCUAUGGGAUCCAUGCCUCAGGGAAGAAAAUGUGUUACUUGCAUUGGUUACAGAAUUGAUGAGAGCAAGAGGGGAAAGCUGGGGAAAUGGUCUAGGAUGCUCAAACAGUUGCUGUCUGAGUUGAUUGUGGAUCAAGUCAUGGAUGAUGAAAGGUCUUGUGAAGCUAAUCAAGUAUCACCAGAGCUUGUUUGUGUCAAUUUGCAACCUCUUAAUAGGGAACAGCUCAAGGUGCUCCUUAACUGUCCAAACCCACCAAAACAACUGAAACCAGGAUCCUACUGGUAUGAUAAAGCAUCUGGAUUUUGGGGAAAGGAAGGUCAACCGCCUAGUGAAAUUAUCAGCCCCCAGCUGGAUGUUGGGGGUCGCUUGCCGAGACAUGCGAGCAAUGGAAACACAAAUGUGACUAUAAAUGAUCGUGAGAUUACACAGAAAGAGUUAUGGAUACUGAAGUUGGCUGGAGUGCCGUGGGAGGGAACACCUAACUUUUGGGUGAAUGCUGAUGGAUCAUACAGGGAAGAGGGACAGAAGAAAGACAGAGGGUGUAUAUGGGAUAAGCGUGGAACAAGGUUAGCUUGUGCAAUUCUGUCUCUGCCAGUUCCUUCAAAGAAAGUGACUCUUGCUUGUGAAGGAGAAAAGGCUAUCAUAGAUAGUCUUCAUCAGAAAACACUUCACAAAUUUUUACUUGUUGGUUCUGUUAAUUCUGGAACAUGUACUAUAUUUAAACAGGCCAAGCUUCUCUAUAAUGUUCCUUUCUCUGAAAAUGAGCUCCAAAAUAUCAAGCUUGUAAUCAAAAGCAACCUGUUUACUUACCUUGGUAUACUGCUGGAGGGGCGUGCAAAUUUUGAAGAAGAGAGUUUGUCGGAGAAUACAAAAAGAAGACCUGUGGAUGAAUCCACUUCAUCAGGGAAUACCAGAAGUGGUAAUGUUGAAACAACACUCUAUACCAUCGGCCCACGACUGAAAGAUUUCUCAGAUUGGCUACUCAAAUACAUGGUGUCAGGUACCUUGGAUACAAUAUUUCCAGCUGCUACACGUGAGUAUGGGCCACUAGUGGAGGAAUUGUGGAGGGAUAAGGCCAUUCAGGCGACAUAUAAUAGAAGAAAUGAACUGAAAAUGCUACCUAGAAGCGCAAACUAUUUUCUAGAUCGGGCAGUUGAAAUUUCCAAGAUAGACUACGAACCUUCUGAUAUGGACAUCUUGUAUGCUGAGGGGAUAUCGAUAUCCAAUAGUCUCACUUCAAUGGAAUUUUCAUUUUCCAAGUCAAGCAGUGAGGAGUCCUUGUUUCCUGAGUAUCAACAUGAAUCUUCUCUUAGAUACCAACUGAUCAGAGUGCAUCCUACAAGCCUUGGAGAAAACUGCAAGUGGCUGGAGAUGUUCGAAGACACCGAUGUUGUAAUGUUCUCAGUCGCCUUAUCCGACUAUGAUGAAUACACCAUAGACAGAAAAGGAGUUUCUACCAACAAGAUGUUGGUAGCUAAGCAACUCUUUGAAACAAUCAUUGCUCAUCCAUCCUUCCACAACAAAAAAUUUCUUCUAGUGCUGACAAAAUUUGAUCUGCUUGAGGAAAAGAUUGAACACAUUCCUCUAACACAAUGUGAAUGGUUUUGUGACUUCCAUCCAUUUAUCAGUCCCAAUCACAAGAAAGGAUGUAGCAAUAGCAAUAACCUUUCAUUAGCUCAAUGUGCUUUCCAAUACAUAGCUGUCAAGUUUAAGAGAUUGUUCCAUUCACUCACUGACCGAACUCUAUUUGUUUCAUUGGUUAAUGGGUUGGAACCUGAUACUAUUGAUGAAGCUCUCAGAUAUGGUAGGGAAGUUAUGGAGUGGGAAAAAUGGGAUCCCUCUAAGGUAACUGAUCUGAAGUCUGAGAUUACUUCAACUAGCCUUGACGAGCCAAGUUACUCAUGAAGUUUAAUUUCCUCCAAAAUAUUUGUAUAAAGAAACUUAGUUUUGUAAAGGGUUUAGAAGAGUUCAUGAAUUUUCAUAUAGGUAUUCAUGUGGGGCAUUCAUAAAAUUUGACUAUAAAUUCAUUCUUAGGUUGGACCCCCGACUAUGGUAUCAUGAAAUUCGAUGUAUAGAUGUACACCUCGUCGCAUAAUAGAAAAAAAUUUGUAUGAUCAAUAUCACGUUGUCUCAACCAAUUAUAUUAUAUCACAUAUAAAUUUAUAAUUUAC